AUGCAGUCCAUAGCUACAUCUCGGACGCUGCAUCAGAUACAGCUUGAGUUGGAAUACGAUGAGGAGGAGAGCGAUAGGGAGGGCCGCCAAGGGUCAGCCAUACAUGUCUGGAAAGGUGGUCUGCAACGACGAGCCGCUCGUAUGAUUGAGGACGCGGAAGAUGAGGCAGACAAAGAGAUACAUGCUCUCUGCAUCUUUGACGAUGUCACGGAGAUCGUUUCGAGCGACUCUGCGUCGGCGGCUCUUCAAAAGCUCCGAGCCAGUCCAGCGGUACGGAAGUGGGCGAGGUGGCGGUGGAGGCAUCCGCCGAGUCACUCGGACAAGAGAUGUGUCGAGGCGAUCAUGGUGUACGAGAGAGGGGUGUCUCAGCAUCCAGAAGACCGGUGCAACCGCUGCCGCUCAGGGCAGGGUAUAUCUCCACAGUGUGUUGUGGCUCCGACGGAGUCGUGGCCCGGCGGCGAAUGCAGCAACUGUCUUUUCGACAACGUCGACUGCAACGGCACCCCCAGCCGCAUUGCUGCCGAGCUGGCUAAGGGAGAUGGCGACUCGCUCCGCGUGGUCGACCACAUGGCCGUUCUGGAGCUUAUAGCCCGGCUGAAGAGACCGCCCGGCGCCGGCAAAGAGCACACGCUGCCCGGGAAGGCCAAGAGAAUCGAGGUCGCGGCGUUGCAGAUAGCCCAGGCGGCAAGAGACUGGGGAGAAAAGAUUUCGAGGGGGGCAAGACGGGCUUGA